CCAUUUCACCAACUCCCCAUCUCUUAUAUAUCAACACCUCUCCUACCAUUUCUUUUGCUUAAAACAUCUCAACCCCAUCUUUUCUUCUCUCUCUCUUUCCUCAAUAUGGCUCUUCUUCUAAUACCAAUAUCAAUCCUCCUCCUCCUCCUCCUCUUAGCAUACAAACUCUACUUCCGCAUCCGCUUCAAACUCCCCCCCGGCCCACGCCCUUGGCCGAUCGUCGGCAACCUCUACGACGUCAAGCCAGUUAGGUUCCGAUGCUACGCCGAGUGGGCUAAGUCUUAUGGUCCGAUCAUUUCAGUUUGGCUUGGUUCAACUUUAAAUGUGAUCGUUUCGAAUACAGAAUUGGCUAAAGAAGUGCUGAAGGAACAUGAUCAACAGUUAGCUGAUCGGCAUCGGAGUAGGUCAGCUGCAAAGUUUAGCAAAGAUGGGCAGGAUCUUAUAUGGGCUGACUAUGGACCUCACUAUGUGAAGGCUAGGAAAGUGUGUACACUUGAGCUUUUUACACCUAAGAGACUCGAGGCUUUGAAACCCAUUAGGGAAGAUGAGGUCACUGCCAUGGUUGAAUCCAUUUUCAACGACUGCACCAAUCCUGAAACCAAUGGCAAAAGUUUGCUAGUGAAGAAGUAUUUGGGAGCAGUUGCAUUCAACAACAUAACAAGGCUUGCAUUUGGUAAGCGAUUUGUGAACUCGGAGGGCAUAAUUGACGAGCAAGGCCAAGAAUUUAAGGCAAUUGUGGCCAACGGUCUUAAGCUAGGUGCAUCACUUGCCAUGGCAGAGCACAUUCCAUGGCUUCGCUGGAUGUUCCCACUAGAGGAGGAGGCUUUCGCCAAGCAUGGUGCUCGAAGGGACCGUCUCACUCGAGCUAUUAUGGAAGAACAUACACUUGCUCGCCAGAAGAGUGGAGGUGCCAAGCAACAUUUUGUUGAUGCAUUGCUUACAUUACAGGAGAAAUAUGACCUUAGUGAGGACACAAUUAUUGGACUCCUUUGGGAUAUGAUUACUGCUGGCAUGGACACAACUGCAAUCACUGUAGAAUGGGCAAUGGCUGAGCUAAUUAAGAACCCAAGGGUGCAACAGAAGGCUCAAGAGGAGCUAGACCGUGUCAUUGGGUUCGAACGAGUGUUGACUGAGGCUGAUUUCUCAAGUCUCCCUUACCUACAAUGUGUGGCUAAAGAGGGACUAAGGUUGCAUCCUCCAACACCGCUAAUGCUUCCUCACCGUGCCAAUUCUAAUGUCAAGAUUGGUGGCUAUGAUAUACCUAAGGGAUCAAAUGUUCUUGUAAAUGUAUGGGCUGUAGCUCGUGAUCCAGCAGUCUGGAAGAACCCAGAAGAGUUUCGACCGGAGAGGUUCCUCGAGGAGGAUGUUGACAUGAAGGGUCAUGAUUUCCGGCUACUUCCAUUUGGUGCUGGGAGGAGGGUGUGCCCUGGUACACAACUUGGUAUCAAUUUGGUCACGUCUAUGUUAGGUCACUUAUUGCACCAUUUUCGUUGGACACCACCUGAUGGUGUGAAGCCAGGGGAAAUUGAUAUGUCAGAAAAUCCUGGAUUGGUCACAUUCAUGAAAACCCCAUUACAAGCAGUGGCAACCCCUCGGCUGCCUUCAGAAUUGUACAAACGUGUGGCUGUGGAAAUGUAAUUUGGUAAAAUUCCUGUAAACUAAUUUGUGUUUGCGCUUCGCAUUUGAACCUUAAAAAGAAUUGGAAACUAUUGGUCAAAACCCAAAUAAAGACGAUGUGAUAUGGAAUUUUUGUUUGUUACUUUAAUGAAUAAACUCUUAUUUGUAGUA